AUAUUUAAUUGGGAAAUUUUUUAAAAAAAUUUUAAGGGGAAGUUGACACUGAAAUAUCUAUUCGUGGAAACUUCUUGUAUUCCAUCCUCGUUCCUUUGACAUUUUUCCACGUUAUUUUAUAAUUGAUAAAUUAGUCUUUUACUAUUUCAAAUUUCUCCGCCCUGGCUGGUUGUCAAACGACUUUUCAAGAAGGCUAAGGGGGUGAUCUGUGAUGGGUCUCGAUGUGUGGUGAUGUGGGUCCGGUCGUUGAGGGCAUCGGCUGUUGAGUUUGGAGGGUUUAAACCAGGGAUGGAUGAAUGUUGACAGAAAUUUCAGAAAUUUCUUGGCUGGUGAUGGUGGAUUUUUUUUUUCGUUGCUCUAUUGAAUGAUUCUAUUUGGGGUUUGCUUUGGAGCUGUUGCAUUGAUUUUUUGUCGAUGUGAUUCAAUUCCGUUUGAUUCAGUAUUGCCAUCUUCAUAUGUUUGAAUUUGUUCAAGAGGGAUGGAUAGUCUAGGUUCUUGGAUGCUGAAAUAUUACAAUUUAUAGAAAUUCGCAAUUGGGUAUUAUUGGUACUGCAGUUGAAUUGUUGUGCGAGAGUGGGAGUCGAUCAUUUUGUCAUUUGUUCUGUCUACUGUGAUUCAUUGGAGUUUUUUCUGAGAUAACUGGGAAAAUAAUGGAGCUAGUUCAAGCAGAACCAAGUGGCGAUCGGGAGGAGGACGAGGAGGAAUUGGGUCGAGAAUCGUCUUUGGACACUCCUAUGAAGGAACCCCGUCACUAUCGAACCCAUUACCCGGGUGCCGUGAGAAAGAAAGCCUAUAUAUUUGAUGGACUUGGAAAAUUUUAUGACAAGGAAUGGGAUCUUGCAGAAGGGACAGGUAGAGAAUUUUGUUGGUACCAUGUGGAACUUCCAAAAGGGAAUCAGAAACUGUCACAAUCUGCCCAAUACCUCAUUGAUGUUCUCUGCCCACCUUUGAAACUCCAGGACAUUCUCUCACUUGUCAGUAAUGGACCUUUUUGCGGGCAUGUUGAUGGGGCCCUUGUAUUUAGGGUUAAUUCUCAUGGCCCUGCCUCUAGCAAUUUUACAUUUAGAAUAGCUGCAAGAGUUACAGAGAAUUCAGUGAUUACUGUGUCGUUGGGCCGUGUCCCCAGAUUGGGCUUCUCACCAAUGGGUCAAUCUCUGCUUUCAGAGAUCCCUAGUGUGGAGAGUCCCAGUUACAGUAGGGGAGAGCAGACGGAAGGUGGUGGGAUUGUGAUUAGAGAGCAUGUUCUUGAAUUUUUAUUAACAAUGAAUCAUUCCGAAGAGGCUGAUAAUCCUGUGCCAACGUCUGUCUCAAACCUAAUUGUUCACAUUAUUGACACGCAUAUGGAUCACCUCCAAGAUGUUGUGACUAAACUUGAGAUGGAGUUGGACUCUGUUGAGAUCGAACUGGAUAAAGGUGGUUUUGCUCUGAAGAAACAAAUGCUAGAUGACAGAAGAUUUCCAAAAAUGCAUCUUAAUUUGCAACGGCUUCUGCAGGUAAUUGCACACGGGGAGCAAGUAUUUCCAAGAGUCAAGGAAAAAUGUUCUUCAAAACAGUGGUUUGCUAAUGAAGACAUUAGCUCUCUUGAAGAGUUAAUCGGACGUCUCAGGAGGUUAAAAGAAAAUGUUGGAUUUAUAGCUAAUCGCGUCACAGCAAUCCAAGCUAGCCUUGAUAGCUGGCAAUCUGAGCAAAUAAACAGGAAACUGUACUAUCUCUCAUUCCUGUCAAUAGUAUUCCUUCCAUUAUCCGUAAUAACAGGAGUGUUUGGAAUGAAUGUGGGAGGAGUUCCAUGGACGGAGCAAAGAGAUCCACGGCUAAAAGAAGGGUUUCGCAAUGUCAUGUUUCUUUGUCUUGCAAUGCUACUGCUGCUGCUGUUCUGUUUCUCUUUUCCAACUCUUUACACCCAUUUAGCUGCUUGGCGGAGAAAGAGGGCUUUGAGGAGAAGCUGGUCACUCAAUAGGAAGUCUUUCUUGAGGAGAACCCUGAGAGGUGGAAUUUCAGAAAGGGGGGAUUACUUCCGGAUUUGAGUAAAUUACAGGGCCAUAUCAUGGUACACUUUCUAGUUCAUUUCUUUUUUCACUUUUUUUCCUCCACUCUUUGGAAUAUAUAUCUUUGAUCCUUCAUGUUUUAUUUAUACAAAUUCUUCUUCCCAUUACCCAUUAGGAAAUCCUGUCCCAUUUGCCCUUUUGGGCGCGUAUAUUUUGGUUCGCUCACAUUGUAUAGUGAUUGUUUUUUCAUUUUUCAAAAUAGUUACAUGAGCAGUGUAUUGUUAUUUUCUUGUUUAGCAGAUAAAAGUGCUAAUUUUUUGGAGACUUAUUUUGGAUGAUAAUAGAUUUUGAGUCCUCUAUUACCGUUUUUGGGAGAUCA